AUUGACGAAACUAUAGUUAAUUGGUGCGUUUGACGUGCAAUUGGUGCAAUGAUUGUUAAAUGGUCUUUCUUUUCCUAUUAUAUUUAAGCGUAUUUCUUAAAUAUAGAAAUGUAUGAUACAACAUGACACAAAUUGAUUUCCAAAUACAACAUUAAAUAAAUUUACUAUAAUGGGUAAUUGUAUGCGAAGCGUAUUGCAAAAGUUACAAAAGAAGAAAUGUGCUGAAAAGAGUAUUAUCUUGCUUAUUGUGGGUCUUGAUAAUGCGGGAAAAACUUCGAUUUUGAACUGCAUCAGUGGAGAUUCAGAUAAAACCACUUUACCUACGAUAGGGUUCCAUGUAGUAUCUUUAAAAUAUAAAUCAUACACUGUAAAAAUUUAUGAUGUUGGUGGAAGCUCUCAAAUCAGAUCUUUAUGGCCAAAAUACUAUAAUGGUAUACAUGGUCUUAUAUAUGUGGUGGAUGCUAGUGAUAUUUCCCGUCUUACAGAAAAUAAAGUUGUAUUUGGUGAAUUAAUUUCACAUGAAUAUAUUUCAGGAAAGCCAUUGUUGUUGCUUGCAAACAAACAGGAUAUAAACGGAGCUAUUGAUGAAUUAGAUCUCGUUGAAAACUUAGACAUAGAACAUGCUGCUAAUACUAUGAAAUGUCCCACAAGAGUAGAAAUAUGUUCAUGUAUUUGGAAAGGAGAUCAGUCAAAAGAUAAUACUAUAGGUAUUAAAAAUGGAUACAAAUGGCUGCUGGAUAUAAUAGUGAAGAACUAUACAAGUUUAAAUACUAGACUUAAAAAUCAAAAUGCUCAAAGUGAAAGAAAUAUUGAAGUACAAAGCGUAGUAUUAGAUUCACCAUCAAGACUAUCAGUCCAUUCCAAUCCCUUUAAGCCAAUCAAAGAACUAGUUUUAAAAAGGGAAGAUGCUCAAGCACCAAGUGUUUCUCAAAAUGGUAUAGUAGCAAAUGGAAAAAAGCUAAAGAAAAUGUUUACAUAUAGAAAUAAGACUGCACCACUGACUACUGAGGAAUCUGUCACUGAAAUUAAGGAUAUGUCAGAAACUGUUAAAUUUACUCAAAACACUCUAGAAUCUCAACAGAAUGUUCAGACACUUCCACCGAUAUUAAAUCCAGUAACACUAGAUACAUAUUCACGUGCAGUUAGAUCAAAAAAUAAUCGUCCAUAUACAGCUCCAGAGCAUUCACAUUUUAUAAAUAAGAUAACAGUAAUUAAUAUUCCUAGGCAAGUAACAUAAAAGCAAUAUUUUUAAUUGUACAGGUAAUAAUAUGGGACCAUUAUUAAAAAAUAUGAUACAAUGUAUUUAAAAUUAUAUCCAGGCAAAAUAUUUUAACAACGAAUUUUUUAUAUUUAUCUAAUAUAACAUGAAAAAAAUAUUAGCAAUGUUUUUUAUUAUGUGAGCGAUUGUUUAUGUAUAUAAUGUUUGUAUACAUUCAUUUGUUCUAGUCAUGAAAUACAUAUAUAUAAAUAUUUUUUUCAUUGUCUUUAAUAUAAUACGCAUUUCAUUCAUAUUUAUAUUAUAAGACAUAUUUACAUUAUAUUUUAUAAUGUAAAUAUUUAUAAUGUAUUUUUAAUAUAUAUAUAUAUAUAGUAUAUUAUUUUAAUUAUUUUAUGAUAUUAAACACCAUCUGUUUUUUAUCUAAACUUUAUUAUAUCUUGUACAUUUGCAUACAGAUUCAUGUACAUAAAAGUUCGGCAAAUAUACGAAUUACAGUAUAUAUGAAAGACUUAUAAAAGCUAUAGCAUAAAGACAUUAAAAAACUUUCGAUUAUAGAAUAGCAGUAAAAGUGCGCAAAAAUUGUAUCGCAUAAGCAUACUUAUCACAAUUUAUAGUAUAAUAAAUAUCGUAAGUAGUUCCAUAACAUUGUCUUAUCUGUAACAUUAUCUUGUUGAGCAACUACUUUGUUAAAUAUAAUAUAUCGAAAAAUUAUACUAAAAAUUGUAACAGUAAGGAACAAUGUAUCUCAUAUAACAUAAAGAAUAUUCCUUUAAGGAAAAUAUUUUAUACUAAUUACAUUACAUGUAUAUAGACAUACCAAUGAAAACAUAGUGGUCAAACUAUUAAAAGCGAUGUUAAAUAUUGUAAAUUGCAUUAAUCAGUAUUUUAAAAUUACAUACUUUUAUUAUGAAAGACUGUUAUAUCACGUUUCUAGACGUUUUUAUAGAUCAUAAUAAUGCCAUUUCAAUUACAAAUAUAGUAAUUUUUGCCAUAAUAUUAGUAUUUUUUGUUAAAUUCUUAUCUACUUUAUUUAAUAAUGCCUUUUUUCAAACUAUGAAGCAACAUAACACUUUAUGUGCAUCAGCAAUUCCAAAAGUAUAUGCAAAUUGCCUUGCUUAUUUCAUAUUUAUCCUCUUAACAAUAGGUAAUAUUCGUUGUAAUUGCACCUUAUAUAAUCACAACUACUCUAAUCAGGCAAGUUAUAUUUAUCUAUUACUAACUUGAAAAUAUUUCAUUCUUUUUUAGAUAAGAUUAGACUAUUGCUUGUUAUGAAAAGACACAGAUUUUGUCCUUCUGACUUUUGUACAAUAUAUUUAGUAGGCAUUAAAUAUAUAUUUCUUAAGUUGUUUUGCAUUACAAUGGUUAAAAAAUAGCUUUUUUCAAAAUAUAAUGUCGAAAUUGUAUAGGUCAUAUAUAAAUUACUUAUAAAAUUUUGUUUAUAAAGCAGCAAUCACAAAGGCAAUCAAUUUUAGCUAUAGUUUUAGCACUGUUGUCUUAAUUUUACUUUUCAUUUGUACUUAUUAUAUAUCUUACUUAUAAUGGUUUUGAAUAUACUGUAUUAAAUUUUUGCAUGACCACUAUUACAUCCAUUCUAUGCAGUUUUUUUAAUAAUUUAAAAACUGUUAAAAAUUAUAGCUUGAGAUCUUAUUGUUGUAAAUUUCUAUUAUAAAUAUCAAUCUUACAAAGACAUAAAAUUUGUAAGAUUCCUUAAUCUAGACAAGUACAAAAAUUUAUAUGUAGCAUAAAAUCUACUUUAUAUUGCUAUAAUGUUUUGUUUUGUAGUGCAAAUAUUGCAUAAUAUAUAAUGGCAGUUUUUAUAAGAUAAAUGCUAUCAUUUAAAUGCAUUACAUUGAAGUCACAUCAAGUAGAAAUUUGCACAGGUAAAAUAUUAUCUUUGAACUUCUAGUAACAAUAUGAUCAAUGCUAUAAAGGUACAUAAUGUACAUAUAAUAUAUCAAAUUGAAGUUGCUAAGCAACAAAAAAAAAAAAAAAAAAAAAAAAAAAAAAAAAAAAAAAAAAAAAAAAAAAAAAAAAAAAAAAUAGAAUCAAACAUGGAAGAAAUGAAAA